UGAUCGACUGGUUGUUCCCAGUUGCCAAUAGUGAUCCAACUUGUGAAUCCGCUUGCCCUUUGUCUCCAUAUCUACUCAGAUCAGGCCUGCAGUAAUGGAUAGCUUGACGAACAGUUUGAGGGGAACGAGCAGAAGGCGUGCUGAGAGUGCCCUCCACUCUGUUAUACCGAUGGAAGAACAAAGCAUUCUAUUGCCAGGAGGAGAGAGAAUAUCCCAUUUAUGUCAAAAUGGAGAACUACUCUGUUACAGAUUUGAAGAUGCACAAACCUUGUAUGAAGCAUUUCAAUGUGGAAAGGGCUUUUCCAAUGAUGGUGAUUGCUUGGGCUGGAGGGAGGACAGCAAUUCGCCAUACCAAUGGAUAUCAUAUUCAAAGGUAGAGGAAAGGUUUAUGAACUUUGGAUCCG